AUGUUAUCCCUUAGAUGCUCUAGAACUGCUAUACGUUCUUUCAGAACUACUGCACGUAUAUUCCAACAAACUGUUCAAGGUGAACCAACUGAAAAUACUCCAGAAAGCGCUCCAGUUGAUGCUGCUGCUACUUCUGAAUCUUCAACUCCGAAAAUACCACAAUCAACUCAGAAAUCAUGGAAAGAAAUGUAUGCCAAUUCAGAUGCCCCUGGGUUUUCAAAUAUGAUUCAAUCAGAUAUUUUCAAAGAUGUUAAAAGAUCAUCUCAACAAGAUAUCCCACCACUUGCUAUUAACAGACUAUUUGAACGUCAUUUUAAGGUUAGUGAAACCUAUAAUCCAAAUUAUUUUAGUUUAAGUAAAAUAAAAAGAGAAACAAAAGAUAAAUAUGAAAGGCAAAGAGUUGAUCCAUUUAAAGCUUCGGGUAUUAAUCCAACUCAUCUUUAUUUAAUGCCAGAAAUUUUAUCUAAAUUUAUUUCAUCAACUGGUCAAAUUUUACCAAGAGAAAUGACUGGUUGUAGUUCAAAGAAUCAAUAUUUAUUGGCUAAAGCUAUAAAGACUAGUAGAGCUUGUGGAUUAUUACCAACUACUCAUAGAAGUGAUGUACACAUGCCAACAAGAAUCUUGUAG